GCUGUGCAGACGGGGCGUGCGUUGGACGCGGGCGGCUCGAGGGGUCCGUUUGGGCGGCGUCCGGAGCCCGACCGGCGGGCUGAGGAGCGGGCGCCGCGAUGGCCGAGGGCAGCGCAGUGUCAGACCCUCAGCACGCCACGCGCCUACUGCGAGCGCUCAGCUCUUUCCGCGAGGAGUCCCGCUUCUGCGACGCGCACCUGGUCCUCGACGGGGAGGAGAUACCGGUACAGAAGAACAUCCUGGCGGCUGCCAGCCCGUACAUCAGGACAAAGUUAAACUAUAAUCCUCCAAAAGAUGAUGGAUCAACCUAUAAGAUUGAACUUGAAGGGAUAUCGGUAAUGGUUAUGAGAGAGAUCCUGGAUUACAUCUUCAGUGGGCAGAUCCGGCUGAGCGAAGAUACCAUCCAAGAUGUUGUGCAGGCAGCAGACCUGCUCCUGCUGACGGAUCUUAAAACUCUCUGCUGUGAGUUCUUAGAAGGCUGCAUUGCCGCCGAGAACUGCAUCGGAAUCCGAGACUUUGCACUCCACUACUGCCUGCACCACGUCCAUUACCUGGCCACAGAAUACCUGGAGACUCACUUCCGAGAUGUCAGCAGCACAGAGGAAUUCCUAGAACUGAGUCCUCAAAAGCUUAAAGAAGUGAUUUCUCUUGAGAAGUUAAACGUUGGCAAUGAACGAUAUGUAUUUGAAGCAGUCAUCCGAUGGAUAGCACAUGAUACAGAAAUAAGAAAGGUCCACAUGAAGGAUGUCAUGUCAGCGCUGUGGGUUUCAGGGUUGGACUCGAGCUAUUUACGGGAGCAGAUGCUGAAUGAGCCGUUAGUCCGAGAGAUUGUCAAAGAGUGCAGCAACAUCCCUCUCAGCCAGCCGCAGCAGGGCGAGGCCAUGCUCGCCAGCUUCAAGCCCCGGGGCUACUCGGAGUGCAUCGUGACCGUUGGCGGAGAGGAAAGAGUUUCGCGGAAGCCAACAGCAGCGAUGCGAUGUAUGUGCCCCCUUUAUGACCCUAAUCGGCAGCUGUGGAUUGAACUGGCCCCUUUAAGCAUGCCGAGAAUCAACCACGGAGUCCUCUCAGCAGAAGGAUUUUUGUUUGUAUUUGGGGGCCAAGACGAAAAUAAGCAGACCCUGAGCUCAGGAGAAAAGUAUGACCCAGAUGCAAACACAUGGACCGCACUGCCACCAAUGAACGAGGCAAGACAUAACUUUGGAAUUGUGGAGAUAGAUGGGAUGCUGUACGUUUUAGGAGGAGAAGAUGGUGAAAAAGAGCUAAUUUCCAUGGAAUGUUAUGAUAUUUAUUCUAAAACCUGGACAAAGCAACCCGCUUUAACCAUGGUUAGAAAGAUUGGCUGCUAUGCAGCUAUGAAAAAGAAAAUCUAUGCCAUGGGUGGAGGAUCAUAUGGAAAACUCUUCGAGUCUGUGGAAUGUUAUGACACACGGACCCAGCAGUGGACCGCUAUCUGUCCACUGAAAGAGAGAAGGUUUGGAGCUGUAGCCUGUGGAGUCGCCAUGGAACUGUAUGUAUUUGGGGGAGUCAGAAGUCGUGAGGACAUCCAGGGGGGCGAGAUGGUAACCUGCAAGUCGGAAUUCUACCACGAUGAGUUUAAAAGGUGGAUCUAUCUUAAUGACCAGAAUUUAUGCAUCCCCGCCAGUUCCUCUUUUGUGUACGGAGCUGUCCCCAUAGGAGCCAGUAUCUAUGUCAUCGGAGAUCUUGAUACAGGUACCAAUUACGACUACGUGCGCGAGUUCAAAAGGAGCACGGGAACCUGGCACCACACCAAGCCCCUCCUCCCCUCCGACCUCCGCCGCACCGGGUGUGCAGCCUUACGUAUUGCGAAUUGCAAGCUUUUCCGCCUGCAGCUUCAGCAGGGCUUGUUCCGCAUCCGCGUUCACUCUCCUUGACGGGGCCGCGGCGCGGAAGCGGAGCUCCUGACCAAGCGCGCCGGGACGCGGCGCUCUGCGAGGGGACAGAGAUGGCAGGUGACCCUUGCUCUGCGCCGGCCUCUGUGCGGUAACACGAGUGGUUUUCUAACGCUUAGAAGCCUGGGUUUCCAGCUCUUGUUCGGGAGAACAUGUAACUGCUGAAAAAAAACGAGGAGGAGUCAGUUCCUCCAGGAGAUGUGUCCCUAGACCAACCGGGCUAGUCAGCGUCAGAGGAAAAGGGAAGUGGGAAUCCGUGUCAUGUAAAAUCAGGAAGUUAUAGCACCAAGGUGCAUGUUCCCCGCGGGGAACUCACGUCUGCCUGACCGCUCUGUUCGAGUACCUGGCUUUGGUUAACAAACGAGCAAACAUGCAUAUAUCAACAUAUCCAAACAUACCGGGGUUGCUUUUCCACUGCACUUGGAAGGAGAUAUUAUGCCUAACUCUGCCCAACAAUUUAAGGUUUGUACCUAAAAUGUUAGAUUGGACUCAAUGCCAGUUAGUCUCCACUUACUACUAGUUGUCCGUCCUAAGAAUCUUUUUUAAACUAAAUUAUGAUGAAUUGAAACUAAGAUGAAAUUUCUCUUUUAUGACAUUCUAUCUUAGUAAUCCAAAGGAGUCAAUAAAUUAAGGAGUCAGGUGGCAGCCCUCCCAUGAAUUUAAAGGAAGUUGCUGACUUCUGUGUUAAUUCAGAUGAAGAUGUGUCAUGCCGUCAUUUCUGGGGUUGCGAAGGAUCUCAUGCAGUGCCAGUCUUCCUUUCCAACUAACCAGAACUGUUUUAUAAAUAUGAGGACAUUAGUGAGUAGGAGAUUUUGUAAAAGAAGGACCUGAGCCAGACAAAUAAUAAAGGUCUGCUAUGACCAAAAAAAAAAAAGUCCAGAGGAAAUAUAUAGGGAUCAAAAACUUCUAAAAGUAAUCUGUCUGAAAGCACACAGAGUCUUGUUUACUACUGUCUAGGAUUUGAAAACGUGUCUUGGAAUGCAAAUCCACGUUAAGAAUCUAGUCUUUGUAGCAGAAUUUUCUCAAUGCCGUUCACUAGUACGAGUUUCAGACAAACUACAUUACAAGUAAAGGUUGGCUGGUAGAAUAAACUACCUCAACUUAAUUUCAUUCUGUUCCUGUAGAGCAAAUUAAUCCUUUCCUCCUUCCCUCCCUCUCACUCCCAUGUCGACCCACUCAACCCCACUCCUCAAAGGGGAAAAAGUCUGUCAUUAGUGGUACUUACCUUGUAAGAUAUUUUGUUUUCCAUUCGAAUUAUACCACCUUAGUGUGAAACCAAGGAGUUCAAAGUGCUUGAUGACUUCAUCAUUUGAAUUUUAUGCAAUAUCAGAUUUCUAAUCAAUUUAAUAUAGAGCUCUUCAUUUCUAAUUGUUUUCUACAGCUUCCCCCCCCCUUAGUAUAUGGCUAUAAGAAGCAGCAUUUAGUCUUAAUGAUUAAUAAAUGUAUAAGUGUAUCCUUUGGUUAUAAAUUUGAGAAUAGGAAUUUCUCCUAGAAACUUCCUACCUGGAAUGUCUGUAUGCUUUACCCAUGCAUAUGAAACAUCACUUGUCUUUUCCCACCCAGGAACAGUAGAAGUCAAUCCAGUGCUAGAAAAGUCACUGAGCAGCCUUGUCUGUGGGAAUUCUAAAGAAUGUUGUGUGUGCGCAUUAACUCUCCAUCCUGGCAGAGACAUGGGUAAAAGGAGGUACAGGGUUUUCCUCCUCUCUAUCAGAGGCACUGGGCCAGAUUUGCCGGCCAUUCACAUAACAGUCAGAUUUGACGCGUAAGUCAAAGCCAGCCUCUUUGCUUUGUACCGUGUACCAGUCAGCAGUUGUCUGCAUGCUUUCCCCAGGAUACCUUGGGUGUCUUCUAAUCAAAGCAAACUGCAUGGCCACUGCAAAGAAAGAAAACUUUCUUUGUACAACUAGAUGUUAGUUUUAGAGGAAAUAAAUUUCUGAAAAAGUGGAUUUUCUUUGAUAAAAUGUCCCAUACAGAACAGAACCUUGGCCUUCAGAAGCCACAGCUGAGGUAUGUUAAAGUGGUAACUGAUGUCCUAUUAAAGCCAUGACAGUCAGCAAUUCUCUUUUCUUUAAUUUCUGAAAUUUAAAGUCCUUCCCAGGCUACGCCAGGCCUCUCCAAGGAGACGGUUCAUUGUUUAGGAGUGAAUGGGUCCCUGUUGCAGUAUUAUCAGUGCCUGCAUGACUUGGUCAAUUCAUUUUAUAAAAGUAGGUUUUUUUUGUUUUUUUUAAUUUAGUUCAUUGACACUGUAGCUGCAGAAAUUAGGUAACUUUUUAAAAAUUAA